AUGGAGGGAGGAGCUGAGGUCAAUCACAUGCUAGCCUCCAGGUCAUUGGGGAGUAGGUCAAGCAAGUUGUUCGGCCAUCCAACUUUCGGGGUAACAUGGUUGAGCGAGAACUUUCAGGCCGGUCAUAAAGGUGUAACAAAUACGCCUGUUUCUCGUUGGUGGAAUAAUCUCUUCUAUGGAAAGCAAGUUACCAGUAUUGAAUCCCUGCAACUAUGA